AGUUAUGUUGAGCUGAUGGUUGCGCCUUUCUAUCUGUGUACAUGCAGUGAAAUGGCAGAAGAUAAUAUGGUAGUCAUGGGCUCAUUGGCUCAGGAACAGUUUAGCUGUUCAAUCUGUUUGGAUCUACUGAAGCAUCCAGUGACCAUUCCCUGUGGACACACUUACUGUAUGAGCUGUAUUGCAGACUACUGGAAUCAGGAUGAUCAGAAGGGAGUUUACAGCUGCCCUCAAUGCAGACAGACCUCCACUACAAGACCUGCUUUAAAUAAGAAUGUCAUGUUUGCUGAAAUGGUGGAGAAACUGAAGAUGACAAGAAUCCAGACUAAUCGGCCUGCUACCAGUUACAGUGUAUCUGGAGAUGUGAAGUGUGACAUCUGUACUGGGAGAAAAUAUAAAGCUGUCAUGUCGUGUCUGACAUGUCUUGAGUCUUACUGUCAAAUUCACUUUGAACAUCAUGAGAAAUUUCACUCAGGUAGACGACACCAAGUGACUGAUGCCACUCAACGGCUUCAUCAGAUGAUCUGCUCAAAACAUCAUAAACGGCUGGAAAUCUACUGUCGUACUGACCAGCAGUGUGUUUGUUAUUUGUGUAUGAUGGAAGAACAUAAAAACCAUGACACUGUAGCAGCUGCAGUAGAGAGGAAGAAGAAACAGAAGAUUUUGGGAGAGAUACAGAGAACAUUCCAGCAAAAAACCCAGGAGAGAGAGAAGCAGCUUCAGGAUCUGAGAGAGGCAGUCAAGUUUUACAAGCACUCUGCACAGGCAGCAGUGGCGGACAGUGAGAGGAUCUUUACUGAGCUGAUCCGCUCCAUUGAGAGAAGCCGCUCUGAGGUGACACAGCUGAUCAGAGAUCAGGAAAGGGUUGCAGUGUGUCAAGCUGAAGGACUUUUGGAGCGACUGGAGAAGGAGAUUGAUGAUCUGAGGAGGAGAGAUGCUGAACUGCAGCAGAUUUCCCAAACAGAAGAUCACAUUCAUGUUCUGCAGAGUUUCCACUCUUUUUCAGCACUUCCUGAAACUAAAGAUUUACCCAGCAUUACUGUCAGUUCUCUUCUCUAUUUUGAUGAUGUGAGAAAAUAUGUCUCUCAACUGAAAGAGAAACUGGUGGACAUUUGCAGAGAUGAAAGUGAAAAGAUAUCUGACAGAGUAAUGCACAUCGAUAUUAUUUCCAAUGAACUCAAGACCAGGGAUGAGUUCCUGCAGUAUUUCCAUCAGUUCACACUGGAUUCAAACACAGCAUACAAAUAUCUCAGUCUCUCUGAGGGGAACAGACAGGUUAAUUACACUGGCCGAGAGCUGCAGUAUCCUGAUCAUCCAGACAGAUUUGAUGGUUGGCCUCAGGUGUUGUGCAGAGAGAGUGUGUGUGGACGCUGUUACUGGGAGGUCGAGUGGAGUGAUUAUGUGGGUAUAUUAGUGUCAUAUAAGAGCAUUUGCAGGAAGGGAUGUAGAAAUGAGUGUAGAUUUGGGAGUAAUGAUCAGUCCUGGAGGCUACUCUGCUCUCCCUCCAGUUGCUCAUUUGGUCACAACAACAAAGAGACUGAUCUCCCUCUAGUGUCUAGCUCCUCUAGAAUAGGAGUAUAUGUCGAUCACAGUGCAGGAAUUCUGUCCUUCUACAGUGUCUCUGACACAAUGACCCUCAUCCACAGAGAACAGACCACAUUCACUCAGCCGCUCUAUCCUGGGUUUUGGGUUUAUGGAUCAGUGAAACUGUGUCAUCAGUAAAUCAGUACUGUAGUUCAACUGUCACUGUUUUAUCUGUCUCUGAAAUAACAUGAGAAAUUAUUAGUGUAAAACCUUAUCUUCAGGUUAAAAAAGAGCCUUCAUCAUAUACUGUAUUCUAUCUUUGAAAAAUCACAGGGAGAGUGUUAAAUAAAGAUGAAAAUCUUUGGAUUUACUAUUUGUAGGCAACUUAUACAACUCAAUGGAAAAGCUAAUGUUGGAUGGAUAUGCUUUUUAUUUAAUUCAUGAUGAAUAUUUAAAAUGUCUUUACACCUUCACUUCCACAGUGAAAUAGUAAGAAAUCUGCAUAUUUACACUUUGUGAAUCAGUGAUUAAAUACAAAGGAAACACCUUUGUGCCAGAGUAUGUUUUAGUAUUAUUUCAGUUUAAUUUGAGUUUUUCAGUUUAAAAUCCUAAACUUUUUGGAGUGAUUCAAAGCAGUGGAAAUAUUAAGUGCAGAAACGUUUCACAGCUUAACUAUUUGCGAACUUUCUUUCCAGCAAAGACCUGGAAAUUGUGAUCCACUCACUAACUUCGUCAAGGUUAGGCUAUUGUAACUCAUUGUAUAUUGGUCUCCCUCAAACAGCGUUAUCCCGCCUACAGAUGGUUCAAAAUGCAGCAGCUAGGCUUUUGACAGGGUCAGGAAAGAGGGAUCACAUUACCCCUAUAUAAGCGUCUCUACACUGGCUUCCCAUUAAUUCAGGGUCGAUUUUAAAAUUCUGAUUUUUGUUUACAAGUCACUAUCUGGUCUCACGCCCAAAUACAUUAGUGACCUUCUCGUCCCUUACUCCCUCACCAGAGCACUCAGGUCUACUCAUCAAUUUCUUUUGAAUGUUCCUCGUUGUCGCUAUACAUCCAAGGGUGAUCGUGCUUUCUCUGUGGUAGGUCCUAAACUCUGGAAUAGUCUCCCUUACCAUGUGAGGUCAGCUUCUUCAAUAGCCAUUUUUAAUAUGUUAAAAUUAAGUAAAUACUUGAUGCAGUUUUUAAAUUGUAUUCUUUUUUUUAAAUUAUUAUUUCUUUUUUUGCAUGUAUAUAAUUCUGUCGUUGAUAUGUGAAGCACUUUGGGUCGACUUCUGUUGUUUUUAAAUGUGCUAUAUAAAUAAAGAUCGACUUUAACUUAAUGAGCAAAAACUGAUUAAAAAUGAUCAUUGGAAGCCUAAAAAAAAAUAAUGUUUUGUCAAGACAGACUAAGAGUAAAGUCACACUGUUUGUAUUCUGAUGGUUGUUCGUUCGGUAUUUUGAAAGACGAAUAGAAAUUUUAAGAAAAAUAAAAUAAACUUCCGAGUUUCACGUAUGGCUUUUUCUCUCAUCCAACACCUCAACGACACAUAUCCACAGUGCCCCCCAGUGUACUCGAUUGUAACUGCAAGAUGUGGUAGCUUGUGCAGAACAAGUUCUCGAUUAGUCGAUUACUCGUCCGUAUAUAUGCGUUUUUACUGAUCGUAUAGCUAUCCGAUCAUGAGAAGACCAAGUGUAAAUGCCCUCCAAGACGGAUUCGAAAUGAAUAUAAAUCAGGUCACUUAAGGCGUUUGGGAUGGAUUCCAGAUGAAACUCGGUCAAGUGUAAAAGCAUCUGGCUGUUUAAGCAACAUUUGUAAACUUUACUCCACCCAAACAGCGCUACAUUAGCAUAAGGAAAAUGCGAAGCACAACAGCUGCUACCCAAGUAUUUGCAUAAUGCUUGCAUUGCGCAAUACAUAACAAAUAAAUAACAAAUGCAUGUUGUUGGAGAGACAGAACUUUUUUCUUCAUUUAUGUGAUGCAGAUUGCUGACGAAACUUAAAAGUAAACACUGACAAUAAGCGCAGGUGACACGCAUGAGAAAAAAAAUACACAGUGCGCACACAUGGACACAUACACCAGUCACUUGGAAUCAAAUAAUAAAUCACAUCUUUUUAAAUUCGCUUCCCGGCAUUAGCAUAAGCAAGAUCUGAUUUAUAUCCGUUUGGUGGAGAAGUUUAAAUGGAAUGUGCUUAUUCAAUCGGAUAGCAAUCCGAUCAGUAAAAAUGAAUGAAGUGACCAAGUGUAAAUACCCCCAAAGACAGACCGUUCACAUAAACAAGAUUAAGGACAAUAACAUGAAAGAAUGCCACACAGUGACACCUCUUGAGCAAAUCCAUUGUUUUAUUAAGGUUUUUUUUACUCAUAACAGUAAGAGUCAAUUCUACCAAUAAUAAAUGUGCAUAAAACAAGUCUUUCGAAUGCAGCACAAUAUCUUACAGCAACUAUAAGCAAAGGGCAGGUGUCAGAUUCCAUGGAGGGCGUUAAGCAUCAAAGCAGGUGCUUUCAGCAGGUAGGAGCACCUGUGGUUUCACUGUGAUACAGCUGACCAGCUUUUAGGCAUUGCAUUCAGUGAAGGAAAGUGAUGCUUUGGUUUAAUAGCUCUUGUGCAGCAAACCUGAAAUGAGUAAAACGCUGACCUUAGCGGAGGAUUUGACACUUACAUUCAUUUUAGUUUUUUUACUCUGUAGUUGGUGUCCUUUACCUGCUGAAGGCACGGUUACCAGGUAACAAAGCAACUUCUGUUAUUGUGUGUUAAAGGGAUAGUUGGCACACAACUGAAAGUUCUGUCAUCAUUUACUCACCCUAAUGUUGUUCCAAACCUGUAUGACUUUCCUUUUACAGUAUGUAGAACACAAAAGGAGAGAAAGUCAGCCUCAGUCACCAUUCACUUUCACUGUAUGGAAAAUAAGUCAUAUGUAAUGUGGGUUUGGAACGAUAUGAGGGUGAGUAUAUCAUGACAUCAUUUUCAUUUUUGGGUGAACUAUGCCUUUAAGUGGACGUCUUUUGCUAGCAUCUAGAAUCGGUUUGAAGGCCUUUUGUAUUUACUAUACUCAGAUGGAUUAUCAAUGAAUGUGCCUUAUUUCAGGCUUAGAUAUUUAUUGUUUGUAACUUGAUUUACACUAUGCUGUGGCAAUGAUAGUUACGGCACUGUGAGAAAUUAACUUAUCUACCUACUUAUCUAUUAUGAGAAUUUUACUUUGUUAACUUUUAUUCUUCAUGCAGUUAUUUAUGUUCAUCAUAUGACAAAUACGGUGUUUUUGAAGGUAUAUUGUCUAUUUGUAACAACCAGAUUUUCCUACAGUGGAAAUUAUGAAGUGACGGAGUGUAAUGCCAAUUUUGGAGAUCUCAAUCAAAGUCGGUACUGUGCAGGCAACGCUGAGCUUUUUUUAAUGUGAUGGCCGGAAAUUAUAACAAUAAAACAGCUGUGCCACUUCUGCAAGCAUCAUUUCGAAGCUGGACUAUUACUCUAAUUCUUAAAUUAUCCUAAGAAAAUUUCUCAUAGUUAUAGAAUCUUUUAUUAUUCAAAAUAAGAUCUCAAUAUUAUACAUGUUCCUUUUCUUUUCUUUAUAUUGACUAUGUACAAGAAGUGCAAAAAGUCAACCUUCGUCCCUUAAGUUAUGGCUCUCUCUCUCAUUUUCAGCUAUAGAGGCCCGACCCUGUGACCACCCUCUGUUUUUAAUAUUUAAAUAUUCAUAUAUCUCUGGAGACAUGUUGCUGCUCUUUUUCGGCCUGAUAUUGAGGGAUGUUUCUUGAACUAUUACAACACAAUUUAAGAUUCUGAAAUGAAUACAUUAGAAAAUAACUUCUAGCAUGUACAAUUGAUAUUUUAACAAUUCUAGACAUGGUCUUGAUUUGACACAAAAUAAAGGUUUUAAAAUAUAAAUUUCAGUUCGUAUUUCUUACGUUACCUACAAAUAAAUGUUUUUUUUCUGUCUUUCUUUUUCAUACUUUUUUAAGACAAGAUAAAACAAAACAUUUUGUUCAACAAAUUAAAAACGAGAAUUCUUGAAAGAGCUGAAAUUUCAAACAUUCUACCAUGAAAUCUAACAUGAAGAAUUAAGUAUACAACACUACAGGAUAAACAUGAACUUAACAUGACGUAAAAGUAAGUGACAGUAAGAAAAAUAUUUCCUACAUUCUAAAACAGUUCUAUGACAAUAUUGUCAACCACAAAAAAAAAAAAAAAAAAAAAAAAAAAAAAAAUUGGAUUUCACAACUUAAUAUGCAAACAAUAACAAAGGCUUUAAAAACAAAAAAGAGUGAACGUUAAAUGUAACAUGAUUAAUAAAGACUUAAAAUAAAAGUGAACAAUAAUAUAUCAGCUGUAUUUUUCCCAUUUGUGAAUGAAAGAAUGUUUUUGUGGGUUUAAACACUGAAAUAUAAGGCUUUAGUGAGGAGACAGCAAUGACGUGCAUCCUUUUAUUUCUGCGCACCUAAACCAGGCUGAAAUCCAGACUCAAGUGAACCUAAAACUCUGGUUCAUUAGUUGGAGCUAAACCCUUGUACGUCACUUCCUUGAUGUCCUUGAUGUGGAUGUCUUUUUCCUGGUUUACUAUUUAUCUGACUUUGGCCAGCGUACACAAGCAACCUUGUAUAUAAAAUGAAGCUAUACAAAUUAUUCACCUUUCGUAAUCAACAUUCCAAUUAAAACACAUUUAAAUUAAAAAAAUAAAAGGGUAAAAGACUUUGGCACAACUUAAAGGUAAAAACAUCUCAUUAUAUUCUAAGUUCCUCUUAGAAUACAAACUAUGUAUGUCGAACAGCGGCUAAAUUAUGUUUCAGAUUAGAAGUCAAACU